CUCUCUCUCUCUCUCUCUCUCUCUCUCUCUCUCUCUCUCUCUCUCUCUCUCUCUCUCUCGCUCUCUCUCGCUCUCUCUUUCCUGUCAUCUCAUACGCCCAGUUGAGACGGUAAACAUUCCGUGGUUCGCAGGAGUACGGCGAGCCUGCACGUUGAUUCCGAAAGAAGCGGAAUCUCACACUAUGCCAAAACGUCUGGAUUUAUUUUGAAGGUGGAUAUGGCUUCGUUGCGAAUGGUCGUUAAACUCCCUGUCAGAGUUUUCGGAUGUAACCUGCACUUCCACUCCGCACUCAAAACAACUCCUUCUCCGGUUACGUUACUUCAGAAGACUCUGCCAAAGCAGCCACAAUGGAGACGUCAGCAGUAUUUCUUCUGUAGUACAUCGGCGCCCUCUAGUGAUGUGUGUGUCCAGUACAGGCACGGCCGGGCGGUGCUGGAGGUGACACUGCCCUCCAGACAGGAGCGAUGUCAGUUCUUCCUGCGGCCCGUCGUCAUGACGGCAGGAGAGCUGCUGUCUGAGCUGCAGAAGGAGGACCCUGGGGUCACAGCCAGACUGCUCACCAAGGAUGGAGAGAAGGUGUCCUCCAGCACUCUGAUGGAAACCCUGCUGAGACAGGACUUCCAUCUGCUCAUCAACGGGGCUGUCCACCUGGUCCACCCCCCUCCCCCAGAGGCUGUGUCCAGUGAGCGUGUCCUGGGCUGCGAGGACAUGAAGCACCUGGUCCACAGGCUCCACUCAGCCCUGCACCUGCCAGAGCACCAGCAGCUGCAGGAGAGGCACCUGCUGGAGAGACUAGACCAGCUGCAGCAGAAACUCUCCACCCUAGAGGAGAUGAAGGUCCAGAUCGCGGGCAGGGCUGAGUCCCAGGCCUCGUGGGCCAUGUGGGGGGGCCUGGCCCUGCUGUCGGUGCAGGGCGGGGCCCUGGCCUGGCUCACCUGGUGGGUGUACUCCUGGGACGUGAUGGAGCCCGUCACCUACUUCCUCACCUACGCCACCAGCAUGGCUGUGUUCUCCUACUUUGUCCUCACCAAACAGGAUUAUGUGUAUCCUGAUGCCAAAGACAGGAAGUUCCUGCAUUACUUCUACAGAGGAGCCAAGAGGCAUCGCUUCGACGUGGACCGGUACAACCAGCUGACAGUGCAGCUUGUUCAGGUGAAAGACGACUUGAGACGUCUAAGAAAUCCAACCCAACUGCAGCUACCGGUGGAACAGCUCCAGCCCAAGCCAUGAAGACACACACACACACAAUAUAAACCUUAACACACACACACACACACAGAAGACAUAAACCCUAACACACAAAAUAUGAGACUGAAGCUCAUUUAUUUCUCUUUAUUUUGAUAAUGGUGCCUUUUAUCACUGGUCCUGCAAAUCAUUUUAUGUUUUGUUUACAAUGGAAGGAAACUAAAGUAUUGAAAUAAAAAUGUGACUGCA